AUGCCUCGGCACCUGCGAUCAUGCGCCGGCGCUGAUGGUAGACCACGACCUCUACCGCAACCUGGAAGGGGCAGACCUUACAUCCAUACUCGAAAAAUAUACCUGAUCAUGGAACGUCCGUUAACACAGCACAUCACCUUUCCGCCGCUGGGCCUGCGCCAGUACGAAGCCGUAGGCGGUUACCAGGCGGCGCGCAAAGCAGUGCGGCACAUGGAGCCGAAAGAUGUGACGGCGCUCGUGAAAGAAGCC